UGAAUGAUGGAUGAUCUGGAGGACAUCUCUGCUGCUGCUGCUGUUUUAUUCAGGCCACCUGUAUACCAGCAACGUUAUGGAGCCGUACUGGAACUGUCUAGAAAAUUAGAACCAAAGAAAGUAAUAGACAUGGGUUGUGCUGAAUGCAAGCUUCUCAGAUCAUUAAAGUUUCACAGACACAUUGAAUCACUUAUCGGUAUUGAUAUAAAUGAGUCUUUACUUCAAUCAAACCAGAACUCACUCCAACCACUCAUCACUGAUUAUCUACAUAGACGCAGUAGACCAUUGAAAAUACAAUUAUUUAAAGGCUCUAUUGAUGAAGCAGACUCUAGAAUGAUGGACUGUGAUCUAUUCUCAUGCAUUGAAGUGUCAGUUAAUUAAUAAUCCUUAUUGAGCAUUUGUAUCCUUCAGUUCUUGAGAGGGUUCCAGCUGCAAUAUUUCAAAAGCUAAGACCUCAAGUU